AAGUAACCUAUCAAUUAUGCAAUUUCUUGAGUAACUCAAGUUGAAUUUAUUAUUGUUUAAUGUUAAUGUGUUAAUUUGUCAAUACUUUUGUUCAAAUUUUGUUAAAUUUGUGCUAAAUUUUUAAUCAUAUGUGUUUCAAUAUUGAUUGAAAUCGGUGCAGAAGUUAUCUGUCGCAUUGUUUACUGUUUGAUCAUCUUAAAUUAAUUCUAUUCUUUGUGAAGAGAUAAAUUAUUUGUUUUAUCCUUAAAGCUAUUUUGGAUCUAGAGUGAAACAUGGCCACUCCUAUGCCGUCAGAAGCUGACUUGUACAAAAUUUUUUCUGCUGCUGAUAGAGACAAAUCAGGACACAUAUCUGCUGAUGAAUUGCAAAAAGCUUUGAGCAAUGGAACAUGGGAGCCUUUUAACUUGCGAUUGGUAAAAAUGAUGAUUGGUAUGUUUGAUCGAGAUGGCAAUCAAACAAUUGAUUACAAUGAAUUCAAACAGCUUUGGAAGUUUGUUAAUGAUUGGUUGAAUUGUUUCCGUCAGUAUGAUGCCGAUCGAAGUGGCUCAAUCGGUAAACACGAACUGAACCAUGCGCUUAAUUCAUUUGGUUAUCGUUUAUCUGACGCUACUUAUAAUUUGUUCAUGAAAAAAUUUGGCACACCAGAUGGACAGUCCAUUAUAUUUGACAAUUUUCUUCUCCUUUGUAUUUCUUUACAAGGAGCGACUGCAUCAUUUGCUGCUUUUGACGUUGAACGCAAAGGGGAAAUCAAAAUAAGCUAUGAGCAAUUUUUGAACUCAGUUGUCCCUCUGAUUGCCUGAUUGCUGGAUCCAAUCAUAUAUUCAUGACAACUAUAAUCAUGAUCAUCAUAAUCAUUGAUAUUUCCAAGGCCAUAAACUGUUACGAAAAUUCCAAUGCUCAUCUAAUUUGUUAAUCUUAUAUGAAAAUUAAUCUAUGUAUCUCAUUUUGGAAAAUCUAUUAAUAAGUGGGUCAAAUAUCAACAUUAUUUGAAUAAAUUACAUAAUUGUGCAAAGUA